AUGAUGCUCCGGCUGCUGAGUUCCCUCCUACUUGUGGCCCUUGCCUCGGGCUGUGGCCGACCUUCCUACCAGCCCUCCUCCCGUGUUGUCAACGGUGAGGACGCAGCCCCCUACAGCUGGCCCUGGCAGGUCUCCCUGCAGUACAAGAAGAGUGGAGCCUUCCACCACACGUGUGGCGGCAGCCUUAUCGCCCCCGACUGGGUCAUGACCGCGGGCCACUGCAUCUCGAGCUCCUUGACCUACCAGGUUGUGUUGGGCGAAUAUAACCGGGCUGAGGAGGAAGGCUCCGAACAGGUGAUCCCCAUCAAUGCUGGGGACCUCUUCGUGCACCCACUCUGGAACCCCAACUGCGUAGCCUGUGGCAACGACAUCGCUCUCAUCAAGCUGUCGCGCAGCGCCCAGCUGGGAGGCUCGGUCCAGCUCGCCUGCCUCCCUCCCGCUGGUGACAUCCUGCCCAACGGGGCUCCCUGCUACAUCAGCGGCUGGGGCCGGCUCCACACUGGUGGGCCCCUCCCGGACAAGCUGCAGCAGGCACUGCUGCCCGUGGUCGACUAUGACCACUGCUCCAGGUUGGACUGGUGGGGCAGCUCCGUGAAGAAGACCAUGGUGUGUGCGGGUGGGGACAUCCUCUCCGGCUGCAACGGUGACUCCGGAGGACCCCUUAACUGCCCCACAGCAGACGGCUCCUGGCAGGUCCACGGUGUGACCAGCUUCGUUUCUGCCUUCGGCUGCAACACUCUCAAGAAGCCCACGGUGUUCACACGAGUCUCGGCCUUCAAUGACUGGAUCGAGGAGGUCAUGUCAAGCCACUAG